AUGGAAGAGACCGCAUCGCUCAAUUCCGAUUGGGAAAGCGUGUGCGGUGAUUCGAAUCAUGUCAUGGUUAGUUUGAGCCAACCGAAGCUAGCUCACUUUGGUGGAGCGACAUAUUCAUUGUUCUAUAAGUUGUCCUUGCUCAUGAGUCCGAAGUGCUGGAAAUUACGGUAUUUGCUCCAUUCUUUGAAGAGAUUCUACUCAGAAUCAUCCAUCACGACUGUGUAAUGAAAAAUGGUGGUACAAGGAAUACGAACUGCUACAAAUAAUAGCUCAUUAUUUUACAAAAUCACACGUAAAUUUUUAGCGAUUUUUCGAAACAUUGAGUUCUCAUUCAGCGUGUUCUUAUUCAUCCAGUUCUCAUUUUUGUACCCCGAAGAUACUUGUCGCUUCUGAACUAAGAUCUUAAUAGGUUCCCUACAAUGGUCAUGGGUGCUAUUCUAACUUUAUUUGCUUUCAGACCUACAACGGGACGGUGCCGCCCAUCGAGAUAACUCGUUCGAACUCUCCGAUCCCUUCGCACGCCCACUUCAAUCUGCACUCUCCCAGUGAGUCGUUCUUCAAGUUUUUUCAUCGCAUCCGAAGGAAGGAAGGAAGCGAGAAGAAACACGAUACUGAGGGAAUCUCUCCCUUCAUUUGGGAACUCCGGUGCACUCCCGGCAACAAAACGCAUUUGUGUAUAAAAACGGGACGGAUGAAGGGGCUCACUGGUUAUAAAUAAUGACUCUUUCUCUUGCUUAUAGCUCCGAGAAACAGCCAAUAUGUCAUUUUGCCUCCUGCUCCCUUUAUUCCAUUGACAUUACGUGUACCUUUCUUCUUCUUCUUCUUCGUCUUCUUUUUCUUCUUCUUGUUUCUUCUUCUUUUUCUCCUCUUCUACAUGCCACCACAGUCAACCCGAUUCCUUCGUCAUUUCCAAGUUGGUGGGAGCGAGGAUUGAUGCCCCGAAGGCACGUCGUCCCACGGGAUCAGGGCUCCUCCAUCGGCCGUGUUGUCUGAACUUCUGGCUUCUCCCGCCCCAGCUUUUCUAGCCGGUAUUGGCCAACUCUCACACCCCCACGAAGUUUUUUGUUAAACACUUUUUUGGAAUACUAGUACGAUUCUAUAGACUAGCUAUAGAUUUGUCUUGAUGACUACCACCUGCACAGAGCUAAACAAUAUUGUUUUGAAAACGAUAGAAAACAAUACAAAACAUGAGUUCACAUAAAAAGCGCUCCGUAGUCAGGAUCUUCUUUCGAAAUCGUCCAUCACUUAAAGUUUCCUUUUAACAAAAGCCCAUCAUGCAGCGAUUUUGCAAAGUCGUUGUGUGGCACUAUCAAUCUCCAUAACGGACACUCCUUAACUUUGAGCGAUGUGCGUGUUCUCUCCAGACUUUUCCUUGCUCACUUCUCCUUUCAUUCCCCUCAAACUUUGCUCCCUAUUCCAUCUUUUUCUGCCUCCAAAACUCCCCGCUCUUAUUGAAUUUAUCACCAUUUUUCGUCGUCUUCCGUUCGUUCGCUUCUUCAGAAAAGGUCCGAAAGGAGGGAAGAGCACACACUUGUUUUCGAAUGUCACGUCGCCAAAAGUGGCGCUGAAUAUUGAAAUUCUCGGGCCCGACGAACUCUCUUUUCUGAACUAUGCAUCCGCAUUCCUGGGUCCCUUGGAGCAAUAAACCGCUUUUUUCGAAUCCACCUGUUCCUCGUGUACCUCGUAAAUCAGUACAGCUUCCACGGAUUUUGUGGAUCUCUCGAAAAAAUGUCUUGCUUCUAGAGCGGUGGUCUCAUCUCUUUUCUCUUGGUUUCUUCAUCCGAAGAAUGCACACAGGCUGCUCCGAGAGCACAGAGACUCAGGGAUCGAGACGGACACCCGUGUACCUCCUCCCGGUCGGCCAGCCGGCUCGUCGUCAAUGAUGACGAAACCAUUUUAUGUUUUUUGACUUCUCCCCCACUUCUCUUUUCGCCGUUCCUCUUCUCAACUCGUUCCGUUUCUAGUUAAGCAAUGACGGAGAGCUCUCCGGAACCGUUGGACGAUCUGUACGAAGAACGAGUGCGUCGUCCGGUGGUCAGAUGGCAGAGCAUGAAGGAGGACGGAAAGGACACGAACGGUCUCCGGAGGACGGAGACGUUACCGGAGAUGCGGCCCAUCAGACGGGGUCGACGGAGGCUUCGGCCUCGGAAUAACAAUGGUGCGCGUCUUCAUCCCAAACCAAUCUUUCCCUGCGUUUGCUAUUCUCUGAUCGCUUAAUUUGCCCACUAUCUGCCAAUCAAACUGCAAUCAAUCAAUACUGCGUGGUGUCAAAACACUUGUUUCGCCUUCUCCGACUCUCAUCACCCAAUUUCUUCUCGAUCUUUUCUCCCUUUCCCUCCCCGUGGCGCAGCUGUGGCAGGUAGCAGUGGAGCGAAGGGAAGAAGAGAGCAUGAGAUGAAGAAGAAAAAGAAGUCGGUGUCUGUCGGCAAAAUAUUUGCUUGUCAUACACCCUGUACUGAUGGACGGGCGGACGGACGGACGGGUAACGACGGAGCCACGUCGGAGCACGAUGUGUCAUGAUUUGACCCGCUACACCUAGAUUCCGCAGGCGUAACCUGAUAGUGGUGAGAGGACUACGGUAGGCCAGCGAGCACUGUGUUUUGAAAUCGGACGCCUGAUUUUGAGAGUGAUGAAACUCAGGUGAUGAUGUACUUUACUGAACAUAAGAACGGCCUUGGAAAGAAAGAUUAGCAAAACGCAAAUGAUUCUGUUUCUAUCGAAGUCUAUCUCUUUUUUCAGACGAAGAUGGCGACUCGCACGGAUCCCUGCAGCACAGUUUCCUGCGAGUUCCAGUUGGAUUGUCGGGCCGCUCCUCUCCAUCUGUCGUUUCGAUGGGAUCGGAGCCAGAGUCCUGCAUCGACGACACUCGGUACAUGACGGACGACGACGAUGGCAUAGGUGGGUUUCCUUUUUGGUUUUGCAGAACAGCUCAUUGCACUAAAAAAGAAGAAAAGAGACAUUUCCGAGAAUACUUUGCAAGCAUCCCCAUUUAUAACUGUGAUUAUGUCUGCAGGAAGGGACAUCACUCACUGAUCACCCGAUCAUUUCCUUCUGUUUCUUUACUUUUUGAUCCGGACUCAUCUCCUAAUCCCACUCAAGAGUCCGCCAUCUGAAAACGUCAGAAAUCCAUGUUGCGAGUGUGUUUCAGAAUCCUCAUCGUUUUCUGUGGCCAUGUAAACAAAUUGCCAUUCCGUGCUUCUUCUUCUUCUUCUUCUUCUUCUUCUUCCUGCUGCCUCCUCCCUCAUCGUCCCCUGACCAAUCAUUUAUCUAAUUAUGCUAAUCAUAUUCAAAUGCGAGCCCUUCCCUCCCUGAUGUUCAAUGGCGCCUCCCUCUCUCUCUCUCUCUCCAUCUCCAGAGAACGUAAAUCCGAGACUCUUCGUCGAGAGAAGCCUUCGCGAAAAAGUGUGUGUUUUUAUCAGACACGCAAGAGAAGGAGCCAAUUAACUUUUUUGGCACAAAAACAGACGGCACAAUCCUAGAAAAGCUGCUCGUGUCUGUGUUUAUAGCCAGAGUUAUGAAAGAAGUUCGGACGGGGGAAUCUGCAAACUGCAAUCGACUAGGUGUCAUUUGCAUAGCUCCCACUCUUUCUCGACUCGACGUUUCCUCAAAAAUUUUCUGUUACUGUACUUUUCUGUUUGUCUCCUUGUCCCUUUCCUCCACGCCUAUCACUCGGCCACCCAUCCAUUUUUUCAAAAACCUUUGUCGCAUUCCUUCCUGCUUUUCCUUCUUUCUACAUUCUUGAUGAACUUGUGCGUGGCAAGAUGCGCGUCCUCGUGGCAAGCCCGAGCACACACACACACACACAUACAUUCACACACUCGCACAUACAUAGGCACAUCCUCACGAAGCUUGGCCGCAUCCACACACACACACACACACAUAUAUACUCUAAUAACCUGGAAAAACUCUUCCUUCGUUGGGCCCUCUUUCGGUUCUUGGGACCACUCGAGAAUGCGUUGCCCUGGGGCGAGAAGCGGCCGCAGUUUUCGGACAAACAGAUUCGGCCGAGAAUUCGUCAUUGUCUCCCAGAAUCACACAGUUCAUCUCAUCAUCCCGGUGCCUCGGGUAAUCCAAUAUUCGGUGUGUGACUCGAAACAUUUUCGUUUUCUUUCUUUACUCCGCUCCUCCUGCUUCUGCUCCCAAACCGGCAAAACUCGAUUCCAGUGCACUCACGUUGUGGUCCCCGGCCGAUCUAACAUCUCCGGAUGCCCGUCCUUUCUCCGUUCUUCUUGUCGUUUCAUCUUAUCGGAACAGCAUGACGUGGCACUGCCUGCUACCGAUUAAUUGCCUCCUUUCAGAUACGAAUCUGCUCCUUUUGCUCUUGCGCUCGCUUCGUUUCCAGAAUCUUUGACCUUCUUGCCACCUUGUUGCAUCUACCUUCUGCCUCACCGAGCCACUUUUUGUGCUCUUCUCGGGACAGAGCACUUUCACAUUCGAAUUAAACCGCAAAAUUUGCUGAAUAAUUUAUCGCGCAGGUUCUCGUGAGCCCAACCGAUUUUUGUGUCCAUUUUGUUUCAUUUCUUCUUCCUCCAACCGCUCCACUUUCCCGCGCCUUCCAUUCGUUUCUUUUCUUCUUCUUCUUCGACUUAUUCUAAAUCUUUGCGCCGCUCUUCACUAUUUUUUCCUGCGGACGACCUCCGUACAUGAGGAACCGCCCGUAAGAAGCACAAAAACGACGGCGACGUCGGCAGAGAAAACGAAAAAGAAGAAGUGAAGAAAAAGAGAAAGACGGACAGGAAACGGAGGAGGACACAUGCAAAUUUUGGCGCCGUCGUUGACAACACCGACAAUCGCUGUUAGAAUUGUCUGGAAACUUCUAGAGCUUUUAUUUUUCAAUAUAUUUCGUUCCUUUCAAAACUACAGUUGGCACUAACCUCCCUGGCGCCUCUUUCAUCACUGAAUUUCCAUACUUUUAUAUUCUGGCUGAUGAGAAUUAGACAGACGGCUCUCCCGCUCAUCUUGUACGACGGCGGGCGCAAAAUGAGAAAAAGAAGAAAAAGAAAUUAAUUUUCGCGCCCUUUUUAUAGUCGGUAUUAUAUAUCCUGUAGGACAGCGACAGCGGAGAGGGAAAGCCGUAAAAUUCGAGAAAGGAGCAAAAAUAAAUAUCAAAUUGGUACACAGCGCCGGCUCCUCCGGCCAUAUUUCUUCCUUCCAUCCCCCUCACUAACGAAGGAGGUAUUGUUUUGUGGGAGCUCGCGCCAAUUGGAUUAUAAUUAGGAGAGGAGGAGGGGGAGGACAAGAGGGCAUGCUCACACACACACACACCUGACACUCUUUUCCGACAUGUCAUGAUCGAGAUGGCUCCGGUGGCGGUUUAAUUUCGGACGAGGUGGAAGUUUUCGCAGCCCAUUCGCCCGCACGUCAUUUUAUUUUAUUGCGGCUCUCUUCGCCAGGAGCUCCCCUGAAUCCUCCGCUCAUCUCCAUUUCAUUACUUUUCGUUUUUAAUUGUCGCAGAAGACGCGAGAAUGUUUCGAAUCGAACUAUCGAAUGUUUCCGAUUUUGCACGUAUUCAUUCUUUCCCGCGUCGAAAUACGACACCGUGAUGGGAAUCGGAGCGCCGGAAUCCCCCCGACACUUUCACGUUUUGUUUCAUUCAUCAUCCCUCUCGCCAGCAACAACUAUUGGUCAUGGUUCCUUUCCAGAUAUUCAAAUUGAGUCUGGUUACGAGAUCUUCAAUCUUUGAGCUCUUUUCUUUCCAACAAUGAAAAGAAAGAUCAGGUACCAUCGAGAUCCGCAGAGCAAGUUUUUCCCACCGAAAACUUGUUGGGUAUGUACAUUGUAAAGGAGGACGGCUCCUUCGGAAGAGCUCGCUCUCCUCCGCUCACAUCCAGAAUCUGUCAGCUCGAAUCAGCAGUAAUACGUGUUUCGAUCCAUCCGAUAGCGGGGCUCAAUGAGCCGCCGCGAGCUACACCUGUUCAUGCGUCCCCAUCCAUUCUCCCCCUGCUCAGCCCCCGAAUUCCUCUUUCUCGACACAAGUUUUCGCGUUUUUUUGGUGUACUUUGACCACAUUUCGAGUAAUUUUCUACGGGUCCAAAGUUAGAAGCAAAAUCGCCGUCGCCGGCGGCCGCCCUCCUCGCCAAUUCAAUUGGGUUGACAAGAAGAAAGAAGAAAGGAGGGGCGAAAUCUGUGUGGACCGAGACUGCAUUUGCCGUUUUCGUGCUCCAACCUCCUGACUUUUUUAGCCGACAAAAAGUCUUUUGAAAAAGGAAGAAGACGGAAAGGUUUCGAAAUAUUAAAUCGGCUCCUGCUGCUAAUCGUUCCCGCCCUCUUCCCCCCAACUGUUUCGAUGCUUUCACUCGGCACUCUUGCUUCCUCGAUAUACUUCUUCUAUCCCUCCGGCUCAUGACCCACUGACUGACAGCCAAUUAGUUUUCAACAAUUGAUUGUUUCAAUAUCUUCGAGCUCAUUCGCUCUCUUGCUCCCGACACAUCUGGUACCUCCAUCACCAUCCAAUGUUCGUUUGUCAUUUAGUGUUUGUAGAAUCUCGCCGCUUUGCCGACAUGUGUUCGCACUUGGCCCCCAGUCCUCUUCUUCUUCUUCUUUUCUUCUCUUUCUUCUUUUUGUUUUGCUCCAUGACCUCCUCGGAAAUGCUCGGCGAGCUGUGAACCCACAAACCGCCCGUGUGCCCUUCUCGGACGGUUUCUGGUACCUGUCAUGUGAGAACAAGAGAACAUGCGGAAUUCGGUUCCGUCUCGUCUUUUCCUCUCCAUAUUCGACAGCUCCCUCUGGGACUCGCCGGACACUUCUGAUGAAUUUCGCCUCCGCCGCCGCCGACAUAUGAGCACAUCUUUCCGAGUGGAGCCCUCCACUUCAUUUCGACUUUCUUUUCCGGACGACACCAAGUUUUCGGUUUUUUGCGUUGCCUGCAUGAAGAUAUAUGUGUCCCUCACCGCCGCUCUCAGAUGUUCAGAUGAAAAAACAACGAAGAAAAAGUUCUAGCCCCUCCUGAGUCAUUCAGGGUUCCGAUCACGUUUCGUUCGUGCCGGAAAGGAAAAAAAGCAUCGAGAGCCGUGAGCAUCCGCCUCCGCCGCCUCGUGCUCGUAACCCGUCAAUCAGUCUCAUUUGACAGACUCGCAUCUGAAAAAGGCAGAAGAAAGCGAGAAGAAGAAGAGGAAUAAGUUCAAGUAGUGGAUGUAAAUGUGACGCCUUCGCCUGCUCCGCGUCUGAUGAGCCGACGAGACAGGCGACGACGACCGGUCUUGAAGAGCGCCGCUUCGCACAUACAUCCAAUUAUUUGCAACAACGCCGUCGUCCCAGACCUAGUCGACGACGUCUUCUCCUUCUCCUUCUCCUUCUUCUUCUUCUUCGGUCGGCUAUGUGUGCAACAAUCCGUUUCUCCCACGCACCUCAUCUUGCUCGGAGAGCAUCUUCCCAUCUUGCCGCUUUCCAUGAGCCGCCGCCGUCGAAGAAGGCACCGCGCUCUUGUCUUCUUCCGUUCGAGCCGCCCUUCUCACUGUUUCGGUUUCAUUCACUAGGCAAAUGUAAAUAUUCAAGCGCGGGACAUCGUGUUUUCCGUGUGCUCUUUAUUCUGUUUCUCUAUUCUGUCGUUUUCACGCUUCUUCUUCUUCUCCUUCUUCUCCUUCUCAUCCCGCCUGAAAUCUGCAGUUUCCCUUCUCUCCGUUUUCCCUUUUCUUCGAAUCCCCGUUAAAAUGUGUCAUAGGUUACAACCGCACCUCGGGAUUAUAUUCUGCCGAGACCAAAGGCCCACACUGAUCAUACUGCACUUCCAAUCCGGAAUAGAGAACAGUCACUAAAAUUGAUUGCGUCUCCGACACACCGUUUUUUUGUGCUUCAGUGGAUUUCAAACCGCCUAUGAAUAGUCACCUAGUUGCUAUUCUCCUCGAGGUUCCUCCAAAAAGUGAAAACAAAAGGUGCCCUCGGCUCAGCGGUCCCUUCCCAUCAUUUCAAAGUAAACUCGCUGGGAAGGAUGCGUCUGGAUUCAGUUUCAGUCUCAUCCAUUGUUCCAGAGCGAAAGCGGCGCCACACGAAAAGGAAGAACAAUAUCUGUUUUCCACGCGGCGACGGUGUCGGCUCCGACUCCGGCGUCGUUCGUAUUUUGCUGUUUGCCACCCUCGCCUCCCACCACUCGAUCCGUGUGCCCGCGUUCCGUUCCCCUCGCCUCCCUCCUUUUUUUCUCUUUUAUCUUAUUUUAGCGCCCAUCUGAUGCCGGAUUUCAAAAGAGAAGUCGGCGCCCAGGGGCGGGCGGUUGAAUGCCUUUUGAGAGGGACUCAGCUGCCAUCAAUGAACUCACUUUGACUGGUCCCUGAGAUUUAGGAGACUUGCACUUCUUCCGAGAUAAGCCCUUUUUAAAGGGAUAGCAAAACGAGCAAAAAGAGCAGGCUGUUCUUCCGAGUUUCCGAGCUUCCGAGCCAUCCGGAAGUCUUUUCAAUGUCAAGCGAAGAAUCGGCAGAUCGGUCCGUCGUGCUUCUGCAUUUGCAGGCGGUCAGCUCUCGAUUCACGUCAUCCGAAUCUCUAUCUAGAUCUUACUUUCCAUCCAGUUCAACCUCUGACCCUACUCCUAUCACUUCCUCUCCUUCCCGCUCAUUCAUCUCCCCUUGUUUUCGCCCGUUCUUCUCCCCUUUCUCCCUCAACUUCAAGCAGUUUCCUUUCCAUCAGUUGUAACCUGAUCCGCCCUCCAUCACCUAUAACAAAUCCGCGUCUCCUCUAGGCUAGAACUGUCUUUGGUCACCCACUAGGCUUUUCAUCUCGGCGAAGAUCUCGUGUGAUGUAUAUUGCGUGCCCUUUUUUGUGCCGCUGCCACCCGCGCCCAAGCUAUGGCUCGCUCGUUGCAUCCACCCUCACAUUUAUAAUUGCCCCGCCUUCCUCUCUUCCUCCAUCUCGUCCCCACCCUCACAUCUUGUGCUCGCUUGCUCUUUUGCUCGGGGAGCCAACGAGCAAUGCUCAUUGAGAAAGCUACCGUAUAUUCGAGAAGUUGAUUGAAAAAAGAACGAAUGGAAGAAAAACAGGAAAACUAUGGAUUAUGCAAAUGUGAACCGGUGAUUUGUGAAGGAAAAAAAGAGGAGGAAAUUGAGAGUAAAGGAUAAAAGAGAAAGGAGGAAAUUGGGAAAGAAGAUUGGAAUUUUUCUAUUAACUUUUUGUGUGUGCUCGUUAUUCUUUCUUCUCCUCUUUCAUGAAUAAAUGGAAACGGAAAUUCAUCUAGGAAUAAUCCAGCCAAUCUGCAUUUAGAUGAGCUCUCGGCCAAUCUGUUCUCCACCUCUAUGCUCUUGUACCGUACGCAACUAUAUCUCAUCCGCUUCUCUGAUUCUCCGUUUUGACGCUCAUUUCACUCACUCUUGAAUUCAGACCUAUAUCUAACGGUGCUCCUUCAUGACUGCCUCUCUCCAGUGAUUAGCCAUGACGACUCCGGACUCGGACAGCAACGCCGACCCGUUCGGAGGCUCCGAUCCUCCCUCGGCGCCGCUCACCUUCCGUGCACCGCCCGUCUCCAACUGUGCCAAGUCGAUCAUCGAUCGGAAGCUGCGGAAGUACGCGUCGGAGACCUCAUUCGCGACAGAGACGGCCAGUGAGUCGAGUCUGGAACGCGAAGUUCCCAGUAGAUCAAGAGUGUUCACGGUGAAACCAGUGGGCAGUCGGACACCUGGAGGCAUAGUCUUGACGAAUGGAGGCAGCAGCACUGGACAGAUGAACAACGGGGCGGCGCACAGAAGCCGACGGAGACACGAUUCGGACGCGAGCGGAUCGGCCAACUCUGAGGCGACGGUUGCUUCCGGAGCGAAUACGCCGAGAAGGUGUCACUUCAGAAGGCCCAAGUCGACGAGCGAGAUGCAUCAGUCGUGCACGUCCGCAACAAUUCACUCGCUGGAGAGUCAUCACAAUGAAGAACGGCGGGCUAGCCACGUGUACAUGAUCGACGACGAUUCAGUUCACGAAUUCGAAGACGAUGACGGUAUGUUGUUAAAUAUUCUGGUUCCUUUUUCACUUUCUGUAAAUCUCAAAAUGUUCGCGCAUGUCCCCUUGAAUGCUUUCGGAAGGUGUCCCCUUCUGUCCCAAAAAUACAUGAUUCCUGCGGCUCCCGUGAGCUCUCUUUCAUCAAAUUGGGUGCACAACCAACCUGAGCCUUUCUCCUCUUUCUUCUUCUUCUUCUUCCUUCGUGAUCCCCCUUUUCUUUUGUCUCCAAUUUUUUAUUCGUGUGCCCCUCCACGUAUUUUUUGAAAACAUGCUCGGCGCCCGAGCGCAGGCGGCGACGGCGGCUCACUUCUUGUGCUCAUGACACUUUCAUGAGAUAUGUGAGGGUGUGCUCCACGAAUCCGGGGUGAAAGAGGAAAAGAAAAAAGGAGAUGAAGAAAGGAGGAAAAAAGAGAAGAGAAAGAAGAAGAGCGCGUGUCAUCGUAAAUUGAAUUUCGGCGCGAAAACGCUGAAGACGGCGUCUAUUCAGAUGACAGGAGACACGCCAACGACACAGGAAACGGAAUUUGCGUUCACUUCAACUUAUGA